AUGGUAGCCUCCGGCGGACGCAACCACCUCGCCAUGAACAGUGUGACCCCUCCAGAGGGCAGGGUUCAGGGGUCAAACUUCACCCCGCAUCACUACAAACCCUUCAGCUCACAUGCACACUACCAGCAGGUGAGUCACACCUGAGUUCGUGGGAAAACAGCUGAUUGUGUUGUUGCAGUCAAACAGUGUGUGCUCAUGUUGUUUCGUGUGUCUCUCUCAGGUGAUGCGUGCAUUGCGUAAGCUCCAGGAGAGUGGGUUUUACUGGGGAGCCGUGGGGGGCCGGGAGGCCAGCUCGAUGCUGCGCUCUGAACCUCCGGGCACCUUCCUGAUCCGUGACUCCUCUGACCACCACCACUUCUUCACCCUCUCUGUCCAGACGGCCAGAGGUACCAAAAACCUGCGCAUCCACAGCGAGGGAGGCGGCUUCUUCUUACAGCCAGACCCCCAAAACACUCAAGAGCUCCCACACUUUGACUGUGUGCUGAAACUCAUCGCGCACUACAUGGGGAAAGGGUCUGAGGCUGGAAGGAGCAGAGAGGGGGCGUGCAGCGGGAGCGCGACAGCGGGAGAAAUGAAGGGGCGCAGCGUGUAUCUGAUCCACACCGGCGGCGAGAGGAUUCCCUUGGAGUUGCGCCGACCCCUCUCUACGUCUCUGUCGUCCCUGCAGCACAUGUGCAGGAGGACCCUGAACAACCGAGGCCUGGGCGGGUCAGAGCGGUCAGAGCAGCUCCCUCACACGCUUAGAGACUUCUUGGAGGAGUACGACGCUCCGAUCUGA